CAUCUUGCGCCGUCACCCGCCGGCGCGACCGGGUGCGCGCGGUGCCGGCGUCACCCGCUCCCCCGCCCCGCUCCCGCCGCCGCCACCAUGGCGGCCCGGCGCGCGCUGCACUUCGUCUUCAAAGUGGGCGACCGCGGGCGGAGCGCGCGCUUCUACCGCGAGCUGCUGGGCAUGAGCGUGCUGAGGCAUGAGGAGUUCGAGGAGGGCUGCAAAGCCAGCUGCAACGGCCCUUAUGAUGGAAAAUGGAGCAAAACUAUGGUGGGCUACGGGCCAGAAGACAAUCACUUUGUUGCAGAAUUGACUUACAAUUAUGGUAUUGGAGAAUAUCGCCUGGGCAAUGACUUUCUGGGCAUAACACUUGUGUCCAGCCAGGCUGUGAGCAAUGCUAAGAAGAUGGGGUGGCCCCUCAAAGAAGUCACAACUGGUAUUUUUGAAGCUGAAGCCCCAGGGGGAUACAAGUUCUACUUGGAAGACAAGGAACAGCUCAAGCAAGAUCCUGUGCUAAAGGUAACCUUGGGUGUCUCCGAUCUGCAAAAGUCUGUUAACUACUGGUCUGAUUUGCUUGGAAUGAAAAUAUAUGAGAAGGAUGAGGAAGAACAAAGGGCUUUGCUAGGCUAUGCAGAUAAUCAGUGUAAGUUGGAGUUGAAGACAGUUGGAGGAGCCGUGGAUCACGGAACGGCGUUUGGGCGGAUUGCCUUUUCCUGUGCAAAGGAAGAGUUGCCAAACAUUGAAACACUGAUGAAAAAGGAGAAUCAGAAAAUUUUAACACCUCUGGUUAGCUUGGACACACCUGGCAAAGCCACAGUACAAGUGAUUAUUUUGGCUGAUCCUGAUGGCCAUGAAAUCUGUUUUGUGGGAGAUGAAGCAUUCAGAGAUCUCUCCAAGGUGGACCCUAACGGUGACAAACUAUUAGAUGAUGCCAUGGCAGCAGACAGCAGUGACAAGUGGUUUGCUGCGCACAAAAUGAAGAAGGCUUCUGCUUAGCUGGAGGACUGGAAUGCUCGUUUGUGCCUCGGUUUUCAUCUGAGAAAAAUGCUAAUCCUAUGUAACGUGUUGCAUUACCCCUUCCAGUAAGAGGGUGUCAUAAUGUCCCAUGCUGUUUGCUUUGUUUGACUUAAGCUGGUGACUCUUACUGCUGCUCUGUCCUUUCAAGCAAAUAGCAUGUUCUCCUUCAAAAAUAUUAGGCUGUGCAGUAAGGAGCAGGUUGUGGCUUAAAAAACAGGGAUCAUCAGUUAAGAGGAAAACCUCACAUUUCUUUGGUGGUGUUAUACUUGAAAAAGAGAUUGCUAGAUUGCUUAUAAUAUCUAAUUCUCUAAAAAAUUGUCUUUAGCCGCCCUGGAUUUGCAGUUUAGAGGAGAGGUUUUCAGGUCGCUGUGGCUGUAUCGCAGGUACCCCACCUCGGUGGCGGAGGUGGUGUUGGGCUGAGGGGGAGGGCUGUGUACAGAGAACUUGAGCCGCUCCGCUGCCACAGUGCGUGCGCCUCUUUACUGGGAACAGAGAAAUGACCUUGCUAAACCAUGUGAAUAUUCUAGUCUGGAACAAACCCUUGUUUCAUUCCAAGAUGUUUCCCCAGCUUUCAAGGUGAAAUGCUCACUCGGGAAGCCCGUGGUGCUUUUCUCACUGGGGUCACAUUGCCGAUGUGGUGGUUUCCACCCCGUACCGAGCUCCUAUGUGCCCGUCCCCGAUGGCAGCACAGGGAGCCUUCACAUUCCAGGUGGGAACUGGGGCCGUGCUUCAGGGCGUGGGGCAGCUUCUGCGCUGCCUACGCAGGUGCUGGGAGGCAACUUGAAAAUAAGCGUAUCAUGGCUUUUGCAAUUAGCUUUUGAUGAGAAACUGCUUUUAGAAGUAACAGUUCAGGGUUUAUUUGGUUGGAAUGAAGUCACUCUGCUUUUGCUAGUGGAAUAAGGGCUGGGAAUACAGGGACUAAUUACCGGCAUUGUCCAUGUCAGGCAUGCUGACUGGUUUGUAAUUUUUCUUGAUGAAAAUAUUUAAUUAAAUGUUUAAGUUUCACAGAGAAAAGCAGGUAAAAUCAGCAGCGUUGGCGCUCACUGAGGCACGUCAGCACUUGUAGUGAAUAUUCUGAGUUUAAACAGGAAAAAAAAAAAAAAUCCUUGCUGUGAUUUUGCUGUUCAAGCUUUUUGGUUCAAGUUCAAUGCAGAUAUUAAAUCGCGUACCGAUUAAAAAUGUCACAUGCAAGCUGCACCCCUGAAA